AUAUCAGAAAGCGGUUAAAGCGGGAAUGGAAACUAUCGAGGCGUGCGCUGUGGCUGACCCGCCUUCAUCGACUAGGUAUGAAGAUUGGUGUGAAGUGUGGCGGAAGUGUACAAAACUAGAAAAAAGUUUUUGGGAUAUGGCGUUGGAGAGAUCGUAAUGGUAAUUACGCUCUGAACUUUAAAAAAUUCAAGAGCCUGCCAAUGUAGUACAUGGACGCACAUGUGCACGUGUCCUGUAAUCUGUAUUUUCUUGCCACCACUGUCUGGGACUCUCUUUGCUUGAAUAUCUAUGUCUGCCUUGAAAAGAACUCUACGCCAAUCAGCGAGGCUUGUCGAGCGGGCUAGUCCCUACAAUACCUCGGUAACCCUUGUGAAGCUGGAGGAACAGUCGACCAGCGACCAGGAAUCUACUCGACGGUCGAAACGCGCCAAAGUCGAAGACACUAUACAGGACAUUGAGGAAUGCGCGAAUGGAUCCACGCCCAAGCGCGAAAAGGCGAAAAGGUUGGCCUCGUCAUCGCCGAAGAAACCCCGACCGAUACCACAGUCAUUGGCGACGCCCCAUCCAGCCCCAGAAAGAUGGAGGGAAGUCUACGAUGCGAUAAAGGCUAUGCGCUCCAAUAUUGUGGCCCCAGUGGAUAGCAUGGGUUGCGAUAGCGCGCAGUUGAAGGAAACAGAACCGCGAAAUCAGCGCCUUGCUACUCUUGUGUCGCUCAUGCUUUCAUCGCAAACGAAGGAUGAAGUCACCGAUGCUGCAGUCAAGCGACUGCGUGCUGCACUAGGCGGCAGUAUAUCCGUGCAAGGUAUCAUCGACGCGGAGGAGAGCAGUGUCGCAGAAGCUAUUGCCAAGGUGGGAUUUUGGAGGCGGAAGACGCAGUAUAUCAAACAGACAGCAAUACGACUCCGAGACGAGUUUGAUUCAGACGUCCCGAAAACUGUCGAUGACCUAUGCUCUCUACCUGGAGUCGGUCCCAAGAUGGCCUUUCUGGCACUUCAAAGAGCGUGGAACCUUAAUCAUGGUAUCGGCGUUGAUGUACACGUCCAUCGAAUAUCAAACCGUCUAGGUUGGCAUAAACCUCCGACCAAAAACCCAGAAGGGACGCGACUAAAUCUCCAAUCCUGGCUUCCGACAGAGCUACACCCCGAGAUCAACCAUCUACUCGUCGGCUUUGGACAGAUGGUUUGUUUACCUGUCCGCCCAAAAUGUGGAGAAUGCACGCUUAGUUUGGCGGGUACUUGUCCGAGCGCGCAAAAGCCCAAGUCGAAGAAAGCAGCCAAGCCUGCCAUCGAGGUGUCAUUAGAAGGAGCUUAAAAGUAUCCGCCUUUUGGGAACCAGGUGUUCCAAGGCUAGAAUGAUCCCGUUAUCCUCCGGAGCGAUCUACGCUGACAUUCUACGUCUUUUGCUCAUCGUUGUUAAUUUUGUACUAAUGUAAUUGGACUGUCAAAUCAUGG